GGGCUGAAAAUGCCAAAACCGAAGAGUUUCCUCAAGGAAUCCAAGUCCAAAAAGAAGACGACGCAGCGGGCUCCAGAAUCUGCAGACGAAUAUCUAGCUCGUGGGUCACCCAAUACCCCGGGUGUUCAUGUGAUCCCCUGAUAUACCGUCUGAUCAAUAUGCAUGGUCUUCGUUGUCACAUAGCUAAUGGGGGUGUCUUCUAGUCGGCGUCGAACAGGAAGAAGCCGGAGAGAAAUGGCGCGCCGGAGAUGCAGCCAAGUCUCUGCGCUUCUUCAUGCGUGCCAUCAAUACUUAUGACGAAGGCCUGGGCAAGCACCCGGAUGCAUUCGAUCUGGCUUAUAACAAGGCGAGGGUCCAAUACGAGGUCACGCAGCAUCCCAAGCUAUCUGCCCAGCUGUCUGCACCACUACUGGACGUCCUGCAAGUAGCGCUAGAAUCCCACCGGGCGGCUCUCGACCUCGAGCAAGACAAUGCCGACGCGCUCUUCAAUACAGCCCAGGUGCUCACCAGCAUUGCGGAAGCGUUAACUGACUCCAAGCACCCUUCGGAUGAUCAGCUCUCGCAGGCAGUAAAGCUCCUGCAAGAGGCUAUAGAACUCUUCCAGCGUUGCCUGGUUCUACAGGAACUCAAGUACACCGAAAUGCAGGAGCAGAUCAAUCAGAUGACAUCCGAGGAAACUGGCCCUACUGAGACCCCGAUGCAAGACACACUGCCGGAUCUGCCACCUGCAGACGAGUCAAGAUCUUCAGACCAGCAGGAGCAAUGGGCUGCCAUUGUUGAGCCAAUAACCAAGGACACCCUCGUUGACACAGCCGUGGCACAACUUGAAGCCUGCACAACCCUAUGUAACCUGCUCACAUUCAACCCUGGUGUAGGAGUCGGCUGGGUAGAAGAGUAUGCAUCGGACCUGCUGCAGGAGCGAAUUUCGGCAUAUGUCGAAGGGUCAAGCAGACAUUACGAGGCAACUCUGGCUCGUGCCAAGUUCACCUGUUCUCGGAACGAGGUGCUGUACAGAAGCGGACGCACAGAAGUCGAAACAUAUUCCAAGGAAGUCUCGCGAGCUUUCGGCCCUGAUUUGGAUCUCUCGGCCGAUCCGGGCGGCCUUUGCAGCAAAGCCGACGCGCUCACGUCGUUCAACACAGCACUCAUAGACCUCCCUCCAUACGAACCGGAGGCCUUUGCGAAAGCGUUGUCGCAGCGAUGGCAAUCGCUAUCGGCUGCCCUAGACGCAUUGACCAAGGCGUCCAAACUCCCGGAUGCUGAAAAUCUGCCCAAGAUCCACCUGGCAAGGGGAGACGUGGAGGUGGGUAGGUGGAGGCUCGGUCUGUCUCCAUGGGAAUAUCCCAUGGCUCAGCAGUACGCAGCCACGUUGCUCCGCAACGCCCAGACCUAUUAUCGAGGUGCAGUAGCCCUGGCGAGGAGAGACGGCGCUGCGGACGAGGCACGGGACGGAACCUGCAAAGAAGCCAUCGCUGCUGCUCUGGAAGGUCAAAAAGACAAGCUUCAGCAGCUCCGGAAAUCUGCGCCUAAGGAGCUGAUGAUAGUCGCAGAGGACGUGGUCGAUGACGGAUGGAUGAGUCCCGGCGAUAUGGAGGCUUUGUUGUCGUAGUUAUAUACCCCGGACCAGCUCGAAUGAUGAAAACGGAAGCACGUCAUUAUCCCGA